AUGGACGUGGCAUUUGGCGCCGGUGUAGAUUUACACUGUAAGUUAAAUGCUGCUGAUGGUGUUAUGACUUGGGAAAGUCAUCCACAUUCAUAUCCAAAAAUUGAUGAUAUACCAAAUAGUUUUCAAGUUGAUGAGGUUGAAUGUUUUGUCAGAAGAUAA